AUGAGUACUCCCCCGCAUGCAAGGGAGGCGGGUGCCAUUGUGACGAACACGCCACUUAGCAUUGCCACGACUACGGCUACUGGCGGUGUUGUCUCAUCGCCGUGCGGCACCGCACCAGGGACAACCGUGACGUCCCGUGGCCGAGUACUGAACACACAAUAUCAGAAAGAGGUAACGAGCGCCACUGUGAAGGAAGUUGAUGUGGUUCGGAGAGGCCUUAGAUGUGUUGAGACGCGCAUUCAUCAGCUGGAGUCUCGUGUCCAGCACGUUAAUCCUUGGGUUGUACAGCAUAUGUGGGAGACACUCUGCGAGCUCAGAGAUAAGGUGGGGCUGGAGUAUGAUAAACCGGAUGAGAAUGUGUGGAUGGAGGGGACACACUCAGGUAAUAUCAGGUCGUCCCGUUGUCCGGGGGCGGUAACUCAAACCAAAGGGACAUCAUCCUCAUUUUUGAAAGACGGAACUAAAGGCACUCAGGUCCAAAGAGGACGCAGCGCAGGACGGUUAAAUGACAAUAACACCAACGACGCUAACAAUCUGAACACACUUGUCUCCUCUGAGAGCGAUGAUAACAGUUCUUCCGGAUUGUGUGGUGCAGGGACAGUUGAUGCAGGAAGCAGCUGCAGUUUUGGUGCUGCUUCGAAAGGAAUGCCCCGACCUCACCGUAGAGAAUCUCUUGCUAAGAGUGUGUUGAGGGUAGUUCGGCAGCUGCCGUCAGUGGAGUGCCAGUGGGUGUUCUGGCGGCUUGAGCAGCAGGAGUACACCGCUCGGCAGCGAAUAGCGCUGGAUGAAAAUACAUAUCGGAAUACUCUUCUCGUCCACUUGGCGGGGCGCCUCUCAACUGCUUCCACUGUCUACACUGUUCGCCGACACAGCAAAAUGGUGGUUUCUCCAUCCCGAAAACGGGGUAAACAGAAGCAAAGGGGUAGGCGCGGAAUGUACGAAUCCAGUGUGCUAGAUACUGAUAGUAGUAGUGAUGAGGAGGAUGUUUUUACCAUGUCUAACUGGAGCGGCAGUAAGGAUACAGCUGCUUGCGGUAGGUCUUGCGAUAACACCACCGCGCAACUGGAUUCGGUGAUUGGAGUACUGCUGAACGACCACUCCUUCAUGGAACAAAUUACAAGUAACGUUUCUCAGCGGCUCGCUUCACUUAUUGAACAAAGCGAUUCGUUUCAAGAUAAAGACAUGUCACCAAAGAACGCUCUGCCAUCGGCAUUGCUUCUAGCUAUUGGUGAUACCGUAGAAAAAUUCGCCAAAUCACACCACGAAUCCCUCUAUCGACAAGUGCAGGGGUACUUGACGCAACAGCGGGAACUAGGUAGGACACAGGAGGAGCGCCUGUGGUCCUGUAUCGCUGAGCAUGAGGCUGCAUGGUCGCGCCGUGCAACGGAGGAUCGUGCAGUAAGUUGUGAAUUGCUGGAGCAGCAACAACGUUUUCUUGCCCUGGGGAAAGAAGAUGUGGAAUCGUGCCAUGAGGUGCGGAGGGAGUUGUUAAAGUUAUGUGCAGAGGUAAUUCACGCUACGGAGCGUGUUUCCACUGAAGCAUCUUGUACCUUAGUACCAAGCGUCAGGGAGGAUCGUGCCGAACGAUCACAAGAGGUGCGGUCCACACAAGACGACGCAUUAGAACUUCGUUUAGACGUGUUAUCAGCAUCGGUUGCCCAACUUCAUGGGGAAUUGGAGGGACUACGGCUAAAGACCGAAGCCGCAGAAAUUUUGUCAGGCGUAAAGUCAACAGAGUCCACUCAGGGUAAAGUUAGCAGAGAGCAAGAGAAGCAAUUAUCUUUUUUGCGGGCGGCUGUGGAGGAUAUGCGGCAGACGAUUUCUGUCCUUGUCCAGAACUCGAGUGCAGCAGAGGAAUGGGCUGCAAAAUGUAAGGUUGACGACACUCAGUUACGUGGGAUAAUCGACAAACAGAAGAGAAUGGAGGACGAAAUAAGGUUGAUAGUCACUGCGUCUGGCGCUACGCUCCCUAUGUCAUUACCGAGUCACGACAUUCAAGCGGGAGCGACACCACCCAGUGGUGUUACUGCCAUGUAUCCGAUAUCGGUGGAAGAUGCAGUUUUGAAUGCUCAGCACACUUUGCUCGCCGUUGUGAAAGGUGGAGAAUCGCCAAAGGCUCCAUAUGCCAGAGCACUUUCAGCUCUUUGCACCACACUUCAGCACAUAAGUGACUUAUAUAAACUAGGUACCGGUACCUUUGGAAGUUGUCUGCGUCUUGUUCUUUCUUCGGACCCCUCGUCGUUACCCUUUGAAAUUGGUACCGUGUGCCAAAACUAUCUUUGCAAGCAUUCCGCUUCGGAACUGAAGGAGGCAAUUCAGGUUCUCAAUGUGAACCAAAUGGUCGGGAAGAUUCUGCGUGACUGUUACCGCUGGAUUCAGUCACACGUCCUUGUUUUCUAUUCUUUUGCGAGUGGGAGGCAUCCGCUUUCUUGUGAAGCUUCCAGUGGAGACCUCCCGCUGGCACACUCGAAAGAGAUAGGUCCAAGUCCCGCGACACAAUCGGAGGGGUUUCUGUCCAGCAAAAGGACAGUGACUCCUCAACUCAAUAACAGGACAACACAGGGAUUACCACAACCGCGGAAUGAAGUCGACGUUUUGCGUGGCGCUCCACAUGAUGUGGGUUGUGCUGGCGCGGUUCCUUUUGGCGCCCAGUCUGUUGGCGGCCGUGAUCGGAGCACCGUUUAUAGCGAUGGAAUUGCCACGCAGCACCUCCGUCAUUGUGAACCGCAGGCACCACAACUUCCUUCAACGAACCCUACAGCGGAGGAGGCGGGCACGGAGCAUAAUCCACUUCGAUCAGAUGGCACGCCGGACUUACACAAACCUUUGAUAUGGUGCCCUUCUGUGGCAACUCUUGUGGAAGCUUCGCAAAGCAACGCUUCGCAGUGGCACGCCCACCAUUCGGCCAACUUGUCGCUCAUUAGUGGAAUACAUUUGCCAUCGCACGCCAAGGAUGGUACGGAAGGAGUUCAAUACACCGAACAAUCACUGCUCAGUGAUAUCACUGAAUACCCCGCUCUUGUUGUCCCAUCUGCGAACUGUUCCCACAUCCAGCCGAAAGGAGAAAGUAAGGAAAAACAUGUGACUGGAUAUGGGCACUUAGUAGGUACGUUGACCAUGUCGCCUGUAGGGCUACCACAGUCGCUUGAGAGAUGUCCUCAAAGUGUGGGCUGUUCUUUGCAUUCGUCGGGCAGUCCGUUAGCUCCGCCAUCACAUCAGUGGGAAUCCAUGAAGGACCGUAAUCUUGUGAACGGUAGCAGAGCUAUGGUGAGCGACCACAGUAUAUCCACUACCUCAAACAGAGAGGGUCGUUCCCAAGGAAUAACACUGUCGCCUUCGACACCCGCAGGCUAG